AUGAAUGUUGCUAAUCCAAUUGGAAAUCCAACCAGGCUAGAGGGAAGGCAUGGCGCAAUGGUAACUCGUUGGAUUCUUGGACUUGGUUCCCUUGUCUCCUGGAAUACUCUGUUGACAAUAGGAGACUACUACUAUGCAUUGUUCCCCAUAGGGCUAUUCACUUGUUUAAACUCACAGAACUCUCCAGGCUCUCAAUUGGAUUUUGCCUCAUCAGGGAAAAGCGGGUUUGGAAAUUAUAUAGGUAUAUGUGUCAUUGUCGCUUCCCUUGGAGUCGCAGAUGCCUUUGUUCAAGGUGGGAUGUCCUUUUUAGCUGGUGUAGCCGCAUCAGGAGCUCUCACUUCUGCUUUGAGGCCAGUCACAAAAGCGGCCUUUGAAAAAUCUGAUAAUGGUCUUCGCAACGGGGCUAUGAUCAAGGACCAAUGCAAUGCUAGCAUCCUUCUUGGGACUGACCAAUGGUUACCUGACUGUUCGUGUCCUUACAGCAGCUCCCAAAGGCUACAAGGGUCCGGAGCAAAAUGCAUUGGGGAACCUGCUAAUACUAUGCCUUAUAGGUGGCACACUUUUGGGGUUCUCUUGAUUGGAUAUGGCUCAUUGGCUCAAAAGAAAAGAUCAUUUGAGACACUUAUUUCUUUUAAAAAUCUUUUCAUUUCCAAAUCUCAUUUUCUCUUCGGUCCCCCGAUACCUCCCCUGAUACCCAAGUACUCUGAUACCUCUCCCUCAUGUAGCUACUAUAAUCUCGACGCCGACCAAGGACACUACCUUCUCUCUCGCCAACUACCAACGACGCCGGAGCCGUCUUCUCUCUCACCGCUCUUUGUUGUAUGCUGGUAA